UGCUGAUCAUUGUAAUACUACUAGGUGAGUUAACCAACAUGCAAUGGGAUCCUUCCCGUUCACCUCGGUUACCAGGACGAUCUCCGGUCCUAAUACAGUAGAAACUUGGGCGCUAAACAGAUGUCUUCAAUGUUGCAGAGAGCUCCAAGGCAAUUUUGUAGUGCAAUCUAACAAAAGAAAAUAGAAAAGGUGGAUCAAUUGGUCGAAAUCAUCCAGACCAACGAAUUUUGGGUCGUUUCAAGAAGUUUCGGAACAGUUAUUCAGGAUUCACGUCGAUGACACUUUGCCUGCGAGCGAGGCCUGUGCUCUAUUGUUCAUGUCCAGUGAAGAAAGGGGCUACCAAGAAUGGCUUCAUCAGCCAUCUUCUUGGGACCCCAUUUCCAUCGUUGGUCUCUAAUGUCUGCAUCUCUGUGUGAGGAUUUUGCUUUUGGCUGUAAAUAUCCAAUUUUUUGUCAAUAAAAUUGAGGGCUCGCCCCUCCGCAUGAGUUUUCCGGGAAGGAGCACAAAAGAAUAACAGCGAAGCUGGAAGGAAAUGGGCAAAAGUUUUAUUAAUAAACAGAAAAAAUACUGCUUAGAACAGUUCUAUUACAAAUGGGAUUUCUCCCUUGUUUAUGGACAAAACAACAUAAUAAAGAAGUAGCCAUUAGAUAGAUCCAACAGCUCUAGAAGAAGCCGUUGGAGCUAGUCAACAAACUAGCGCCAAUCUGGUCAAACUGCAAAAGUGUCCAGAUAUGAAAAUAAAUACAAAAAUAAAAUAGAGAAAAACACUAAAAAUUACAGACUUUGCUUAAAGAUAAUUCCUUAGAGUUGGGCAUUGAUGUAGGCUGAAGGAAGAAUGACCCUUUCUCAUGAUGUCCAUUUAAUGUAUAGCAAUAGAAUAGAAUAUUGUGGAGACUAAGUUGUUUUAAAGAUUAAGGUAAAUUCAUGGUAUAUUAGUUAUAAUGUUUCAAUAAUACUCAAUUUUUAAGAUAUAUUCAUUACACAUUCACGUAAAGCUCUUGCCGUAAAACAGUAUUUAAGGGCAUAUUUGGCAACAGUAACAAAUUGUUAUGUUUUAUAAAUAUAUAUUGAAAUAAAUUUAUGAAACAUUGUAACAUAAUUUAUGAAUAUGACUCAAAUGCUUUAGAAGAUUUACAAUAUCACUAAUAUCACUGCUUCUCUUCUCAUGUUGUUUUCCAAGCAUGCAAAUGAUGAAAGGAAAAAUAUUUUUGAAAAAAAAGAAGAUCCCAUUGGUUAGGUGGGGUCCGCAGGAAAAUGGAGGAGAAACGGCCAAACGACCAAACGUGCAGGCUUAAAAUGAGCAAAAACCGUGCAUUUUGCAUUUUGGUUUCAACGAAGAGCAGGUCGGUGGGGGUUUUAAAUUUCCGACUGGGUUUUGCCGGAAGCCUAGGAUGUGCGGGAUCGCUCUUAUCAUUUCCGGCGUCCAGAUAGACUCGUCGUGCCUGCAGGAGUGCAGGGUGCAGAUGAAGAACUGCCGGCGUCACGGGGCGGAAAGGGACUAGGAUGUUCAUGGACUAUGGAGAUGCUAUUGGCAGCACUUCAGAGACGGGGCCCUGAUGUCGUGGGAAGCAAGAAAGUUCAACUUGAGCUAUGUGGAGAUGAUGCAUAUGUUAAAGAAGGAGCCAGCAAGGAAAUUGCAACGCUACUCUCCAUUGGCAUAAGCAGAUUAGAUUGUGGAUAUAAUAUUGGUGUAACUCACGCAUUGCCUUCUGCAAAAAUGCAUUUUAUGGUGCUACAUUGCAACUUAGGGAUACCAAUCCAGUGCAUCAACCACUGACAAAUGAUUUUGGAAAUAUCCUUGUUUACAAUGAGAUGCUGUUCAUGUUCUUGCCAUGUAAGUCAUAGGGUCUGUUGUUGUAAUGACAAAGAAGGCCAUACAUUGUUCCACAGAUAUUUUCGACAAUCAGAGGACCAUGGGCUUUAGCACAUUGGCAGGUGGAAUCAAGAACGUUGUAGUAUGGUCAGGAUGUAUUUGGUUGCAAAGUCUUCUCAUUCAUUGGCCCAAUACAGAGGACUCGCGAUUUAUGCUCUCUUCCGUUGCACCACCACUAGUUCUACAAUUUAAUGAUCAAAUUGAUCAAAGUGGUACUGAGUUUCAGGAUUGCAAUGUACCACUUGGCGAUGUCAAGGUUCAUUCCAUCCCAGGACAAAAUCUAUUAGAUGCUUCUAGUUACUGCGAAUUGCAUGGCGAAGCAGAUUGCUGUAAUAAGUUUGAUUCUGAUAUCGACUGCAUAGACCAACCAAAAGCAGUUUCACUUCAUAAUGUUUCGUUGUCAGCAAAAUAUUUGCUUAAUGCACUCAAAGAAUCUGUAUCAAGACGUACUUCUAAAGAUUACAUAUAUCAGUUUGUGCAAGUGAGAAUGGUGUUCUUGGAAACAAAAAACGUCCUUCAAGGCUCUGCUCCUUCUUAAGUGAUGAUGGCCAGCGCUGUUUUACACUACAACUCUACAAGGAGUGAUGCUAAGGUGGAUGUUUCUGAUCGUGAAUACUACAAGGAGUGAUGGUAGGGUGGAUGGUUCUGAUUGUGAAUUUUGUCUACAGAAAUAUUGCAGAUUUUCUGCAGUCACCAAGAAGCCUUGGAUAAGUACAGUACUUUCUAUUGCAUAAAUAAAUGGAUUAGUUACAUUGGCAGCAAGUUAAUCCACACAUGUCCAGCUUAAAUUUUUCCAUUUGAAAACAAAAAGUGCAGGACACUUAGGCUCAUCAAGCUAGAUAUGCCAAACCUUACCUCACUGAAUUAAUAACAAGGAAAGGAGUUCAGGUCUGUUUCCAUUAAUAAAUAAUUGAAGCUCUAACUUGUUCAAACUGGGGACUUAGGCCAAAAGAAUUCAAAUAUAAAACCAGGAGAAAUACAAAACUAACAAUACAAGAAGCAGUACAAAACUGGAGUGUAGCUUCUGUAGAAUAUUAUUAACAUAUGUAGCAUAUAUAAGUACAUUACUUAACAUACAUAUGCAAUUAAAUUCAGAAAACAUGAUGACAAUGAAAAUAAUCUCUUAAUGGUGUAAAUUAAACACAUCUAAUUACAGAUAGCUGUACUCACAUUUACAGAUGUAGGAUUAUAUUGAAUUUGACUAGCCACAUGUAUAGCAUGUGCUACCUCUGGUCAGGUUAUGCUUAAAAUUUAAAUACAUCAGUUCUCUAACCAAUUUUUAUAUGGUGUUGGAUUCUUCAAAGGUACUCAUCAACCUUCACUUUUAAACCGAUAACAUUUGAUGUCUUAGUUUUUUUUUUGUUUUUUUUUUAACCGUCAAGAUCUGACAAUGAUAUGUGAGGCAAACUUAUUAGAGCUUAAUCUGUCAGAAUAAGCAACUUCAGUACCUAAGAAAGAUGUCAAGCAACCAAAAUCGAUCAUGUCAAAUUGGUUUUUCAACAGACAUUUGGUCUGAUUCUUUUUGUAACUUCUAAUAACUCACAGAUCAAAAACAUUCAAUAAUAAGGAUAGCAAUACUUGCAUAUAUAUUCUUCGCAAAAGGCUGAUCUAAAAACCACAAUUACUCAUGAGCCCACUAAAUCAAUCAAAACUUUUGUUGCUUGUUUGAGUCCAUAUAGAGUCGUCAUUAAGUUAAGCAUCUAACCUUAAUGAACCUUCAUACCAGGAGGAAAAUCCAUUGGAACUUUUUCAUCUAAUUUGAGAUUCCAAAAGGUAGAUAGAACAUGUAUUUGACAAAUACUUUUAAAUUGAAGCUGUUGCAGUUAGGAUUCUACAAUGGUCAUUCUAACAACAAGAGCAAAAGUUUCUUCAUAAUCUAGUUUAUACUCUUGUGGAUUCACCUUUCUAAAGUAUUGUCAACUUUCAGUUUAAAUUUUGUAAAUCCAUCUACAGCCUAUACCAUCUAGACUUCCUUCCUUAAGUAAAUCUUGAAUAUCUCCUAUACAAGCCUUUUGACAAAUUCAUGCCACACUUAAUUUUUUAACCACCUUAAAUAGCGCAUUUCUAGUUUGAUUUUGUUGGCUGAAACUCUCAUCGUGGGCCUCAAGUGUGAGUAUAGAACAUGAUUCUAAACCAAUUAUAACUAUCUCCAACAUUUGGUCUGUUGGAUUCUAUCGUUCCCCUUAGCCUACUUUUGUUCACAACUGACUCUGAUUAAGGCACAAGGUAGUGUCAGACCCAAGUAUACCUGACCAUUAGCUCUUUUUCCAUUAUAACAACUCAAUGAGAACUGUCUACAACAUUUGGUCUGUUGGAUUCUAUUGUUUCCCUUAGCUUACUUUUGUUCACAACUGACUCUGAACAAAGGCACAAGGUAGUGUUAGACCCAAGUAUAUAUGUCCAUUAGCUCUUUUCCAAAUCACAGGUAUUGGACCUUCCUUCCUCUUUUACACUUGAGAUGUCACACAAAUACUUAGGUUUUUCUGUUGUUAGAUGAGCUUUAACACUUGAGAUCUUAAACAUAAUCCCUAGGUUUUCCCACCGCUAGACAAACAUAGGCCAUAUGUUAGUUAAGCCCCUGAGAAGACCAACCCAGACUAGUUGAGAAUAGAAGAUUCAGUCUUUUAGAAAAAUCAAUAAAAGAAUAUAGAAACACAACAAUUAAAUGAUCAUAAGAAUACAUACAAUAUCAACAAUCACCGUAAAUCAAGUAUAAUACAUAGUUCACCUAUUAUGCAUAGUACCCGAUGAUGAUAAAGUUAUAAACUACAUUGUAACAAUCCAAUGCUACUAAAGGGUUCAAAUAAAGUCACUGGCGUAAUAAAAGGCAGUGAGCAAAAACCUUCAGCACUUGCCUCAUAGAAGAAAGAAAAAGAAGCAUCAACAGUAAGGG